CUUGCACCACAGUGUUUUGUAGAGUACUCGAUGUCCUUUUUUUGAUAGGCUCUGUUCAUGUUAGCACAGCGUAAAGAUGAGUGACGUGUUGUUGGAAGAGGAGCAGGUCAAGUUCAGGUGUGUCGGCAGCGUGGGCCCAACAACGCACACGCGUUAAACUUUACACCAGCACUGUGUUUUCACUUUUCUUAUCUUGUUUCUCGGCUGGCUGUCAGCGUCGCGCUAAAGCCACUGUCGGUUUCGAUUGCUGAUGCAGAACAUGUGAAGUGAGCUGCUCGAACUGUAGACAUGGAGGGACCCGAAGCACAUUCAGAGACCAAGCCCACAGAGGGCUGUUUUGACAGGACAUUUUCGGCUCUAACUGUGGACGAUGUGUAUGAAAUAGCCAAACUGAUCGGCACCGAGGUGGAGAAACUGAUCGACGGCUGUGGGAAAGAGAGCGUCGUGGGUCUGGUGCCGAAGAUAGUGAAAGUGCUGGAGCUGUUGGAGAGCUUCGCUUCGAGGAACCAUGCUCACAAUCUGAGGGAGGAGGAACUGCUCAAGACUUUUGAGACGAUUCAGCUGCAAAAGCAAAAGAAACGUGCGGGGAAAGAACACGAAGAGGGAAACGAUAAAAAUGAAAUACGGCAGGAGCUGCAGCAGAAGGAGCAGCAGUGGAGAAGGAGGUGUGAGGAAUUGCAGGUCCAGGUACAGCAGCUCCAGGGGGACAGGGAGGAGCUGCAGAGCAGGCUGAAGGGCAGCCAUGCGCAGGAAGACCGUGUCCAGCGGCAAGAGCGAGAGGUGAUGCUGAAGCUGAAGGGGGUGGUGGACAAGCAGAGAGAUGAGCUGAGGGCCAAAGUCCAGGAGAUAACCACCAUCUCCAAAGAGGUGGAGGCGCUCCAGGAGCAGUUGGAGCGCUUCAUGAAGAUGAACGGCGAGCUGCGACACAAGCAGAACGUAAUGCAGACCCAGCUGAAGAGCACUGUGGAGAGGAAGGCUGACAUGGAGGCCGACCUGAAGGAGAAAAAUAAAGAGAUAGAAAACCUCCAAGCACAGCUGGACAGAACCCACAGCAACAACCCUUCCAGUCCAAGUCAAACAGCUCAUGAGUCAAAGAAAAAAUCAGCGGUUGACCAGAAGGAUCCUGAUCAGCCGUGCUUCACCAAGAAAGAAGUGCGUGACAUCAUUUUUGAGAGGAACGAGCUCAAAACCAACCUGUUCCUGGUGCAGGAGGAGCUCAGCUACUAUCAGAGGGAGAUCCUGAAUGAGGAGAGGUGCCCAGGUUUCCUUUUAGAAGCUGUCCGCUCUGCCAUCAAAAAGAAGAGAAAGCUCAUUAAGGCAAAGAUGCUCGGGAUUCCUGUGAACGAAUGCAGCAGCAGUGACGAGGAGGAGAGGAGUUCUCUGUUUGGACAGACAGAAGUUGAUGGUACAGAAGUUGACGGCACUGACAAACCAGCUGAGUCACGCAUUAAAAAUCUCUUUGGCUUCCUGACGCGGUCUGGCAGCGGCCGGAGUCCCACCCACAUGAGCAACUCCGCCUCCAGCUGGGAGAUCAUCGGGGAUUCAGAGGCCACUGAUGGGACGGAGCAGCAACCUUCUUCCUGAGCCUGGUACUGACCACAGAGAUUUCUUCAAGUUUGUCUCCAUUUGAUCUGAAACAGAUGCCCUUCUUCCCUCAGUCACCACUUUUUCCUUAAUCUGGUUGUGGCUCAGGAAAAAGAUUACAUGGACAUUUGAACGCAGCCCCAGUGUGUAGAACACAAAAGCACAGCGAGUGUGAGGAAAGCGAAAGUGUAUGCAUUUUUCAACAAACUAAUUUUUUCAUUUCCCCUGCUGUUCAUUUUACUCUCACUCCAAAUCCCCAAUUUUUCCAGAGAGGUGAUAAAUCAGUACAUAUGAAGUACUACAGUAUAUAUGGUACAGUGUACCGCAGUAUUAAGAUGGAUAUUUUUUUUAAUUCACCACAAAAAAGUUACUUUUGUAAAAUUCAAGUAUUAAUACAGCACUCAUGUAAUUUUCUAUCAUAAGCAAAGUUUUGUUUGUCAGUAAAAAAGAGAAAUAACACUUAACUAACAUAAUUAUAUAGAUCUUCAGAUAUUUUUGAGAAAAACCAAAGACAUUACAAAGGUUUAUAUUCUGAAAUGAAACUCUGCCCUCAAUGGAAAACAUUAUAUUAAAUUAAUCUCAGUUCCACAAGAGGGCAGGAGUUAAUUCCAGAUUUAAUAAUCAAGAUUUUACCUCAAAUUUGUCCUCUAAUUUUUACCUCAGUUGGGGAUUUUUUAAGCCAUGUGUUUACUCAUGCAUUAUUCAUGAUCUGAAACACUUUUAUGCUCAAGGACAAAAAAGAAAGUUUUAGUCAUAUUACCAGUCUCCUCCAGCAGUGAGUGCAUGUUAACCCCGUAAGCCUUAACUUACUGCUUGUGUUGUUAAAAUGGUAUUUUCUUAAUUUUCAGUCAUUGCACAGAACCAAAGCCCUUGGCUGGUGUGUAUAUGAUGGUAGUGCCAUUAAUGUGCAUUAGUGUAUGUGUGUAUAAGCACACGUGUUCUGGGUAGUGUACCAGCCUCUGCAGACUGAUUACUUUCCUUUAAGAGGAAGCUAUGAGUUUCCUUGCCGAUAUGAGAAAUAGUUUUUGUUUUUGAUUAGUUCCCACCACCAUUAGUUGACAAGUAAACAUAAAAUAACCACAUUUAUUCUGUCUGACCCCUCUGAUCCCUGAUGGCACUACUCAGACCAGUGGUGAUGUAUUUGUUCAGAGACAAUGUAUGACCUUCCAAUCAGAUCAUGUCUUCCUAAAAUACUGUGUUCACAAUUUAUUUUUGUAAGCAUGUUUAUAAUGGAAAGCUUUGGCUGAUGAAAAGAGAUUUAAGAUGUCAGUUGCCAUGUGAGUGAAUUUUAUUGAUGAAAUAUGAUACAAACAAGUCAAAAUGUGGAUUUUCUGUUUUGGUGAAAUUUCAAGAUUCAUUAAAAUCCAUUAAACACGGCAAUGUAUUGGAA